AUGCGGAGGUUCAUGCAUGAACAUGGGAGCAGUAAGCAAUGGCAACUGCUUGCUCUCUUCCUCCUCUUGUGCUUCUUCUUCUUCUUCUUGUGGUGGCGCUACCGCUGUCGUCGGCGGCCAUCCGGCCACCUCCGCAGGUCGGCAGGUUCGUCGCCAAAGCUGUCCGUUCAAGUCAUCAAGAAAUCCACCAAAGAGUACCUGGAAGAUAGGGCCAAGGACAGCGUCCCGGACUUUUCCAGCCAGGGCAACACCGGCAAGGACAAGAAGGGCCAGCUCGGCAGCUCGGCGGCCGACAAAUUCGGUGCCUUCCUCUUCGACCUCUCCGUCGGGACGUCCUCAUCGCCACAGACCCUCUCCUUCGUCCUGGACAUCACCAGUGAGCUCGUCUGGGCGCAGUGCGGCGUGCUCAACAAGGCGGCGGACACCUUCCUCCAGAUCGGCUGCGACGACCAGCAGUGCAAGGACGUGUUCCCUGGCACUAACUGCGCUGCCACGGACAACCCUGUCGACGACGACUGCGCCGCCAGCCUCGGCCGGUCCUGUUGCGGGUACGUGGAGACAUUCUACGGCGGCGGCGGCACCAAGGGCAACCUCGCUUCGGAAACAUUCUCCUUCGAUAGCACGCCCGUCCCGGCCUUCGUGUUCGGCUGCAGCGACAGCGACACGGUGCUGAACGACCUCGACUCCCGCGCCUCCGGCUUCGCUGGAUUCAGCAUGGCCCCCCUCUCCCUCGUAACGCAGCUCCAAAUCUCCAGCUUCUCCUACUUCAUCGCGCUCCCGGACGACCCCGACAAGGACAAGAGCUUCGUCAGCUGGGGCGUCGAGACGCCUAAUAAUAAUAAGGGCGGCCACACCCACAGCACGCCGCUGCUCGUGCCGACGGUCAACCAGAACGCUCACUGGUACUACGUCAAGCUCACCGGCGUGCAGGUAGACGGCCAGCUCCUCAGCGACAUACCCGCGGGAACCUUCGACGUCAAGACGGACGGCGGUGGGGUGUUCCUGAGCACCACCUUGCCGGUCACCUACCUGGAGAAGGACGCGUACCAUGUCCUGAGGCGAGAGCUCGUGAGCAAGAUGCAGUCCAAGGGCGUCAGCCCGACGAACCCCGCCGAUGAGGACCACCUCUGCUUCGACACGCAGGCCUUCGCCGACAAAGAGGUUCCCAAGCUAGCCCUGGUGUUCGCCGGCGCCGUGAUGGAGCUCAAGGUGCAGAACUACUUCUUCACCCUUGACAGCGGGGUGACGUGCCUCACCAUACUGCCGUCUACCGGCGGUUCCGUUCUGGGCAGCAUGCUGCAGACGGGCAGGACCAUGACCUACGACCUCCAACUCCAAGACGGUGCCGGCGGCGGCAUGCUCACGUUUGACACCUUCGAGACGGCAGCAGCUGCGCCAGCACCGGCCAAGGUGCACAUCAUGAUAAUGGUCACUCUUCUUCUCUGCUGGGUGCUCCUCUAGUUCUACUACCGCCUAUACGUAAUUAAAUAAAAGUCUCCCUGCAUGCUCGACCCAUGCAUGUAUGUCUUCGCUAAGCUAGCCAGAUCGAUCGAUGAGGUAUAUUAUACUCGUAUAUGUGGUUAAUAUGUACUCCUGUGUUGUCUGCUCAAGCUAUUGUGU